AUGAUUUCGGAAAUUAGGAUUCCCGAUGUCAGGCGGGCGCUACAGUUGCUAUUGCUUCCAUCGGGGUUAAAUUUGAGGAAUUUGGUGUGGCAUGGUUUCGUUCCAGAGCUACCCCGACAUUGGUUAUCUGUUGUUGUUGUGCUCGCCAUAAUUCUACAAGAGGACGACCACGUGAAGAUCGAGAACCCUUUGGAUAAGCAUGACUUGGACUUGAAACUUGUAGACGGCUUCGAGUCAGUAUUCUUGUAUGAUAUAGACGUAACAAGGACAACGGAGGCAGUCCUGGAUUGGCUGCCAAAGACACACCAUGCUUUGUGGUAUCUUGCCAUCGAUUGGUACAAAGCAAAGACAAAACCCGUUUCUACGAUGGCAAUUCUCAUUGUUCUGUUGGAGAGUGGCUUAAGGCAAAUUUGGUGCCGCUGCAAUGAGAAACCCGAUCUAAUUGCCGUACCUACAGAAUACUUUGUAACUCUCGACGGGUUUGGUCAGCGAAAAAAACAGCACAACAUUCUCCUCCACCCCUAUUUGUUAGACAACGGAAGCAGAAACAAGUUGAUUGAGUUUCUUCCUGGCUCAUCCACAGCCUUGAUUACUGAUUUGUUCUGUUCGCCCGGUGGACCUAAUAUUCGGGGAUUAGUUUCUCACGGUAGCUAUGAUGCUAACCUCUUGGAGGAGUGGGAAAGACAUAACGAUUGUGAUGGGACAUCCGAAAAUCUAUGGCAGACGACUCAUACUGUUCUGGUUGGAUUGCAUUUAGCAGCUUCUAGGGAGGGGAUUGAUUAUCAACCUGUGUUUUCCAAUUCGGCAGUCUCGGAGCAACUUUUGAAUCAAGCGCAAGUUCAACUACGAGAGCUUCGAGAUCUGCAGGUGGACUGUCAGAAAUAUGCGUCCGUUGCUACACGCUCUAUUGGUGAUACCAAAACUAUAGACGUGGUGCCUGAAAGCUUUGCGGCUUUUCGCCUACUACCCCAACGCAGAAGUUGGACUGCAGAUGAUGUCUUUUUUGAACAUCAAUCAAACGUAAAGCUAGCAAAUGUUGGUGCGGCUCAAAUGUUGCUACGAGAUGUUGAGAUUGCUACCGCUACUCACAAAAGAGAAUUACAAGAGGCGCUCAAUAGUUUGGAAGAAUCAAAGGAUGUAGGCAAACGAAAGCAAAAGAGGAACUUGCGCAUAGUUGAAUCAACUCAUGCUGCAUACUCACUCUAUCGAUUUGGAAUGUGCGUUGCAUUUCUGCACCUAAAGGAACAGUUGACAGAAGGCGACAAAACAGUUGAAUCAGUUUCAAUGAGGGCCGUCGAACGUGCAAGAAUGGUGAUAUCGACGUUUGAUACUUUCCUUCAUUCGAACACGGAGAGAGCAAUGAAGAGUUUGAGAGAGUACAAUACGGCGAAUAAAACGAGAGAGAUCGCCGGCGUAAUCUGUCAUCAGAUCUUUCAGGAGGAUGCUAAUGUAUAA